AUGAAGGAAGAAACUCCCAGAGAGACCCCCGAGGAGUCGCGCGGUGACGAGAGCCAAAACUCGGCCACGAAGUCGACGAAUAAUCAGACGGCCAAGGAUCGCAAAUGCCAAUACUGCAACCAGUCGUUUACAUCCUCAUCCCUCGGCCGCCACCUUGACCAGUUCCUUUUCAAAAAGAAGCCCGACGGCGUUCACGAUGUUGAGGAGAUUCGGCGCAUCCGUAGUGGGAUCACACGUCGACAGGCUCGCACGACCUCUGGCAAGCGUGAUGGAAGCCCCGAUCACGAUCUGAGUAAGAGCUCCACGGAGCCUUAUCCAGCGGGGGAAUCGAGCACGAAGUCACGGGAAGCUCCCGUGCGUAUGAUGUUCAAUACACCCACCUGGCACGCAACUGGUGUCAUCAACGACAUCCCCAAUCCGAGUCGUGCCCUGAGAUGGACCUCGGGCUGUGCCGACACCCGCUCGGACGGGAUCGCUGCAGCUGCCGGACUACGCAAGUCGUGUGCUGCUUCGGGCUUCCGACCUCGGCCAUCUCCCUUCGACUUCGAUCUUCAAGCUCAGACAUUCCCUUCUCUAUGUCUUCAUCUCCUCCCUCCCCCUCCGAGCCUAUUCGCGGCCCACCCAUUCUCUUCUCCUACAUCAUUUCCGAUCCAAGCACCGGGCGCGGAACACCUCGAUAUAGUCCGGCAAGCACUUCGCUCCAAGAUCGCACAAUGGCAGUCCGAUCAGCUCGCCGCGGAUUCCACCUCCCACUCAAGAUGCCCAGGCGGCGGCAUGGAUAAUGGAAUGGUCUACCGUACGGCUCAGCAGCAUGAGGAAAUCAGUUUUAGGCACCUGGAUCUGGCGUUUAACCAUUGGAGUACACUGCCUCUUGAGGCCCGUCGUGAGGCAUGGUCGCUGGAAAUUAUGCGUGCCUUUUCCCGCGAAGCUGAGAAACGCAAGUCUUCUGACGAGCAGCUUGCGAGGGUCCAACAGGAAGCAAAUCAAUUGCGUGCCCAGGUUGAGCGUCUUGGGGCUUGCCAAUGGCCUCGGAGUCACAUCAGCCCCGACUCGGCGCGAUGGGACUACGAUAACGUGGUUGCCAAGUGGAAGCGAGUUAUUAUGCAUGACAAGGGCAUGGGCCGCAUCGGGGUGGGCUAUGGUAUGAAUGCAGGCGGCUUCAUGGAAUCGGACAACGGUCGCCGCCAGAGCCCUGACGCUCCUCCUCCACGGCCAGGCGAGGAUACUUCAUCUCACCCUAAUCGUUUACGCCCUUUGCAAGCUGCUGUCGCGAUGAGUCCUGAUCCCGCAAACACAUCAACCCCAGCUUCGUCCACAAAUUACGCUUCUCCUUUCUCUCAUGCCGAUCCCCGCAGUCCACCAGGUGGCAGCGGUCCGAGCCAUCAAAAUAAACGCCCAAGGCUGAUGAAUGGAUCAGACGGUCCAAAUGCACCGUCCGCCGAGCCACCGGCCAGCAGACCUGGUACCUGGCACUCUUCCACCCCGAUUCUCUCCAACCUGGCUGCGCCUUCCAAUCACACGCCCCCGUCUUCUUCUCGAGGCUAG